ACAAGAGGCUGAGCGUAAAUACUCCUCCAUUCAUGAUUCCACCCAACCAAUUACCCAAUAAAUAAAUAAAAAAAAGGCUUUUAUUUAUUUAUUUUGUAAUGCUAAGAAGCACAAAAACCACACAAAUCUCAAUUCCGAGUUUCUAAAUGCUUUCUCGCUCUUACAUCUGUAUUUGUUUAUUGAUUUCCAUUUCUCUUCCACGCAGUUUCUCUCCACCGCCUAUCUCUCUCCCCAAACAUCGCUCUCUCCUUUUCUCUUCUUCUUUUUUUUUUUUCUUUCUCUCCUCAAAUCUCUCCCUCCCUAAAUCUCCCGUUUCUUUCUUUCUUGUGUUUUUUAAAUUGUCCUUCCCAUUCCAGUGCUAGAAUCCUUUUGGCAAUAAAGCCAGCCAUAUAGAAUCUCGUGGUUUCCCCUUCGAUCUCUCUCUUUCUCACUCUCCCUGAAUUCUCUCUCCCGUCGUCAUUUCUCUGCAGUGAUAAAACCAACUUCUUUCCCCUCCCCCUCUCUAGCAACAACCACCCAUUAAUUUUACCUAAAGAAGAACAAAAAUGAAAAGUGCAGGCAAGCUUUGCGAGCUAUGCCAAGAAGAAGCCUUUGUUUACUGUUUGGCAGACGCUGCAUUUCUCUGUUGGCAGUGCGACGACAAGGUUCACCAAGCCAACUUUCUCGUUGCUCGUCAUCUCCGUAACAUUCUCUGUACAAACUGUAAAUCUUCUUUUUGCCAGAAACCCAUCUGGGGUCCUCCAUCCCACCUAAUGUUCCAAACCACCCAUCUUUGCAAACCUUGCUCUUCUCAUAACACCAACCUAAUGGCUUCUUCCACUCUCUCAUCCUCUUCUUCCGAUUGUCUUUCUACCAAUGAAUCUUCCUCCACAGAUUUCGAACCCAAAAGGAUACUCGUGAGAUCAAGAUCCACCAAGCCAAGCCAUUCUUCCUCCCCCUCCGUUUCCGAGGUUCCGAAUACGAAUAAUAAGUUGGAGGGUGUUUUCGCUGUUUGGUGCAAGAAGCUAGCGGUGAACCGUCAGUCCGUGGUGCCUACGGCGACGUCCGCGUUGCAAUUGUGUUUAGAGCGGUUGGCGGCGCUGCCGUUCAGGGUGAGCUUGGCAGCGGCGUUUUGGGUGGGGCUAAGGAUGAGUGGGGACAGGUCGCUGGCCUCGUGGCAGAACCUGAAGAGGCUCGAGGAGCUGUCUGGUGUGCCGGCGAAGCUGAUCGUGGCGGUGGAACCAAGGGUGGCACGUGUGAUGAGGUUGAGGAGGAGAAUCAGUCAGGACUUGGAAGAAGGAUGGGCUGAGUGUAAUGUUUGAAUGUCACGUGCGGGAAUAAAUAUCAGGGAAUUAGAUGAAUUUCGUUUUCUGUUUUCCUAGUGUUUUUUUCCUUUUUUUAGUAGGUGGGAUUAGGUGUUUCUUACUUAGAGUAAUGCUGAAUAUCUAAUAGCGAAAAUGAAAAAUUGCACAUUGAAUAUUAAUAUUAACCUUUGAUAUUGUGCCUCAGAUUAAGCUUUUUAA